GCGUACUUCCACAAGCACCGCGACCUCGCUGGCCGCCCGGUCCUGGUCGUCGUCGCGCAGCGGCACAACUUGUUCGAGCGCCGCCUGGAUGAGAGCUGCAGCAUGUGCGCGUGGUUCCUGGAGCAGACCAUGGACAAGCUCGCCACGCUGGACCCCCCGGCGCGGCCAAACGAG